AUGAAGGAUACAGGAGCAUCUCCGUUGGUAGCAUGCCAACGCUGCCGACAGAAGAAAACCCGUUGCGAUCGCGGGUUCCCUCGCUGCCGCCCAUGCGAGAAAUUUGACGAACCGUGCCUCACCAUUGAGCCGUGGUCGGGGCGAGUGAUUCCACGCUCGUAUUUGAGCCGUCUGGAAGAAAGAGUGGCAGAAUUGGAAAUGAAACUGACCGAGCACAAGGAGGUCAAGACCACAACUAAGCCAGUCCCCCGCCCGGCAAACUCCACAAGCUUCCUAGGUGCGUCCUCCGGGCUCACGUUCGCUCGGAUUUUGGGGUCCAUUUUUCGCGAACAGGUAGGCUCCGAAGAGCCCCAUACCAGAGUGUCCACUAACAACCUCUCAACCACGCCAUCGGCUAAAAGUCGAACCACGGUCGCGCAGCAAGCGUCGCACAUUCACCUGCCUGAGAAGGCAGUCGCAGAGGAGUAUUUGGAGCGGUAUUUUAAUCUUUCAAACACCCAAAUGCCUAUUUUGCAUAGAGAAGACUUCAUCCAAAAGUAUUUUGAGCCCGUGUACGGUCCGAUUAGCCCGGGACUUAACCUGGGAUGCACCUUCACGCAGCCCGCCCUGCAGACCUCUACGGCGCCACCUGGUCCCAACACACUCUACCAAAGACUAUCUAAGGUUUCCUCAUAUCGGGACUUGUCUACGGAAGACCAGACGGCACUGUACUUUUUGCUACAGGUGUUUUCCAUCGCCGUAGCCGGCCACAUGCAGCUGUACCCCGCAUACCUCCCCGAGCGACUGCAAUUCCAUGCAAUGACAGUCUACGAGACUGCUGCCAAGUCUGAAGAUGGCUAUGAAGCUCUUCAGGCUGUUUUGCUGCUAGCGCUAUAUUCCGUUAUGCGUCCUGCAGAUCCAGGCAUUUGGUAUGUGAUUGGUACAGCAAUGCGCAUGUGCGUCGAAAUGGGCAUCCACAACGAAGACCGCCGCAAGCGCCAGGUGUACGUUUCAAGUGGAGAGCCUGCGAACGAUGCACUCCGUUUGGAUAUGGCACGUCGUUUAUUUUGGUGUACUUAUUCUCUCGAUCGCCAGAUAUGCGUUUAUCUGGGUCGCCCCAAUGGCCUGGGAGAUGAGUACAUCAAAGUACCUUACCCUUCUUUAAUUGACGAUGCAUAUGUUUUGAAAGCAGCUGAACAGCACGGUACACUCCCCCACGCUACCACGGGACCCAGUUAUAAGCACAUUUCACUUGCAUUCUUUCAGUUGCGGUAUAUUCAAGCCCGCGUCCAGCAUGUGUUGUACGAUUUGGCUGAGGUGCCGCGAGCAUACGGUUCGCUGGAGCACUGGCGAAGUGAAAUGAUGCGUGAGCUCGACGAGUGGUACCGCAGUAUUCCCACGGAUGAACGCAUCACAAACUGCCAGUUCAAUGUUGGUAUUCUGUCCCUCAACUAUCACCAAACUCGCCUGCUUCUGUACGGCAUGUCGCCGGCGGCCCCGCGGCCCUCGCCUGCAGACAUGAACAUGUGUGCGGAUUCCGGGCGGCAAAUUAUUGAACUGUACCACCGACUAUACACCGAAGAGCGCCUGAACUAUACAUGGGCAGCAGUGCAUAACUUAUUUUUUGCCGGCACCUCCUACCUGUAUGUGCUGCAUCAUUCUGAGGACGAACGGCGAGUCACAAACUCCAAGUCCGUGCAGACGUUGAUUGACGAGGCGUUGGCAGUCAUGACAUUUUUACAAAAGUACACCGACUCGGCCACGCCAUGUCUCAAUUCGCUGCGUCGACUGGCUGAGGCCACAGUGCGUCUCAUGGUUUCGGAGAGUGAGAAAGUCGAACUCACAGAGUUCUACCACACAUCCGACUCGGACGACCCCUUAUCCAGUGGCAAUGACAACAAGGUGUACGACUUUAUUAGCCAGAUGCAGCAAUCGUUUAUUUGGGAACCGUUCUUGGCCAACUCCGAACCGGCACCUCCCCAUCCACACGACAUUGACGAAAAGGGCCAGUUUUUGUCCAUGUGA